CAGAGACCACAUCUCUUAAUGUUAGACAGUAAAGAAAGGUUUGGAUCAAUCUAUAAAGAAGCCAUCGGAUCAACGCAUUAUGUCAUGGUUACCAAACCGGAAGAUGUCGCAAAAGUCUUUAAAGUAGAAGGCAAAUACCCUAGCCGAGGUCCAGUUUAUCCAUGGAUCAUUUACCGACAGCAGCGAAAGAAAGCAAAAGGAAUUCUUAUCGGUGAAGGCGAAGAAUGGCGUAAAUCUCGAAGUGUUAUAGAUAAGAAAUUACUGAGGCUCAAAGAUGUUAGUCGCUAUAGUGGCAGAAUGAAUGAUGUCGAUACUAGUUUUAUUAAUUUAAUUAAAACGGAAUGGACUGGAGAUCAUGCUACUGGAGAAAUGAGCAAUAUUAGAAAUUAUUUAUUCAAGUGGUCUUUCGAAACUAUCAAUACUGUUUUAUUCAGUAAAAGUCUUGGUGCAUUCAAUGAUCCUCCGACACCGAUUGCCGCCAUUUUCUACGAUAAUGUUCUAAAAAUGUUGAAUGCAACCAAUGAACUCUUAUUCUAUCCUCCUUAUUAUAAAUACAUAAAGACUAAAUAUUGGAAACAAUAUUGUGGUUAUUGGGAUACUUUAUUCGAGGUUGGUGGCCAGCUAAUUAACGAGGCACGCCAGGCAUUGAAUGAUGGAAAAGGAAUUGAUAUCGACAGGACCACUAGUCCAAGUCGUCUCAAUGAUUUGGAAUUUUUACCGUACAUUUUACUUCGUGGAGAAUUAACUGAUGAAGAAAUUGCUAGUAACCUGAUAGAACUCAUGACGGCAGCUGUAGAUACCUCAGCUAACACAGUAUUAUGGGCGUUUUAUGUACUGGGGAAACAUAAAAACAUACAAGAACGAAUUUAUGAAGAAAUUCAAAGUAACGUGAAGAAGGGUGAACAACCAGACUUUCAAGCGAUUCAAAAUAUGCCAUAUUUAAGAGGACUAAUAAAGGAAGUUCAGAGGUUAAUAUAUCCUGUAGUAAUCUUCACCGCUCGGGAACUACAACAGAACCUUGUAUUAAGUGGAUAUCAAGUUCCAGCUAACACACUAGUUUCUGUUGGACACUAUACGAUGUCUUUUGAUGAAACAAUCUAUGAAGAACCCAAUAAAAUUAAGCCCGAAAGAUGGAUCCGAUCAGUUUCUAACCGUCAGACCAACUCAUUCAACUAUAUUCCAUUUGGCUUCGGGCCACGAAUGUGUAUAGGACGUCGAAUUGCGGAACUUGAAAUGCAAAUUUUGGUUGCAAGGGUAAUA